CCCGCGGUGAGGGAAAGAUGUCCCCCUACACCAACUGCUAUGCCCAGCGCUCAUACCCCAUGCCCGACGAGCCCUUUUGCACCGAGCUCAGCGCCGAGCAACAAGCCCUGAAGGAGAAAGAGAAGGGCAGCUGGAGCCAGCUCAGUCACGCCGAGAAGGUGGCCUUGUACCGGCUGCAGUUCAAUGAGACGUUCGCGGAGAUGAACCGCCGCUCCAACGAGUGGAAGACGGUGAUGGGCUGCGUCUUCUUCUUCUUGGGCUUCACGGGCCUGGUGAUCUGGUGGCAGCGAGUGUACGUGUUCCCCGAGAAGCCCAUCACCCUGACAGAUGAACGCAAGGCCCAGCAGCUGCAGCGCAUACUGGACAUGAAGGGCAACCCUGUGCAGGGCCUGGCCUCACGCUGGGACUAUGAGAAGAAGCAAUGGAAGAAGUGACUGCCCGCAGCUGGCUUGCAACCUCUGGGGGGGGGGGCUUCGUCCGCAGCCCUAACUGUCCCCGCUCCAAAAAAUAACAACCAAUAAAGCCCACCUGUUCUAGUCUG